AUGUCAUCAUCCUCUACACCCAAAAACGAAAAGCCAAUUAUUAAACUUAAAAGCGUUAACAUACCAAAAAAUGUUGUUUUUAAAUUCUACCUACACACCAUUCUAUUGUUAAUAUUUCCAAUUUCCACUUAUUAUUUAACUUUGAAUUUUUUAUUUGGAAAUGAUACAACUAAAGCAGCACUUUCGGCUGCAGGUAUUGCAAAUCUUAUAGUAUUCUCAUAUAUCUUAGUUGCAAUAUUUGAAAAAGAUCCUGGUGCAGAACAGCAACAACAAAAACAAAAAGAUGAAUGA